GGCCCAUGUUUUAAUGAUUUUAGAAUCUAUAAUUACUUCAUCGUUAUCACUAUUUCAAUCAGCCCCUUUCAGACUUAUCAAAGGUAAAUACGACACAGUUAUCUCUGGCGCCGGUAGCAUUGAGUUCUGCUAGAGCUGUCUGCUUAAGAGAGAGGAAAAUCGUGCGCAAAUAAGUAGAAGGUUUGGAAGCACUGCUUGAAUUCCGGACACGCGAAACAUCAGAAAACUUGCAAAACAUACAAAACUGGUUCGCCAAAACGCCUGUGGGUUCCUAAGGUCCAGAGGCCUUCAGACGCAAAUAUACACAUAAAACAUAAUAUCUUCCGAGGUUGAAAAGAGUACCUUAUAAUAUACUGUAUUUCCGGUAGAUAAAUUAGAAGAACUGAUUCACCAGGCUGUCACGCCACCUGUUGUAGGGCAUGACAAUCGAAGAGUAUAUGUCCCGUCUCGUGUAUCAUACAUGAGAUAGCGCGUGUGUUAGCACAGCCAUACGGGUCAUCCACCAGAGAUCAACACGAUACAAAAGGACGUAAAUUUAACGCGCUGCAGGAAACAGAAGGCGGCUAAUCAAGGCAAGGGAAUCCCAGGCAAUGAUUGUCGUACUGUGAACUGAGAUAGCCCUGUUGUCUUGACCGUAAUCGCACCUUAUAGCAACGAUUAGUUCACUUUGCAAAAGUUCGGCGUGCGACUUGCAUCAUUUCAGGAGUGAUAUGGUUGAGGAAGGGAUCGUGGGCGCACAGGGCUGCGGCAAGGAGACUACGCGACAUCAUAACUCUCACAACAAAGUGAGACGCACUCACUCAUGCCCACAGCCAUUUGAUAUGAUUGUACAAGCACUCUGUCACCGUCAUACUUCCGACUCGGAUGCGCUCGCCGAGGCACGCAAAGCCCUGCUACUGAUGAUGCAUCGGCAGGGGAAAGGAUUAGACCUGGACGCCAUUAACGCAUCUGGGAUGACUGCGCUUACGCAGUGCGCGCUUGACGGGAGCCUUAGAGGCGUCAAAAUCCUGCUGGAGCUAGGCGCAGACGUGGAUAAGACCGACAGAUAUGGAUGGGCCCCCCUGCACCAUGCAGCAGCCGAGGGGUAUAUUGACAUUGUGCGGCUACUGCUCAGAGCGAACGCUAACGUGCGCGCUCUGAAUCAACACGGGCACAUGCCGAUGGACUUAGCUGAUGAUGAAGCAGUGAGGAAAUUACUUAUACGGGUCACUCUGUUUUAUUCGCCUAUAGGGAGGACUAUGGCCUGCCACUGUAGUCUCCCUGUGUGGUUAUAGCUUAAAAGGUACAGCUAAUCAGUUUAUUAUCUUAAAGAGAGCUUAGAACAGGGAUCUCGCUAAACAUACGGGAUGGGCCCCGCUGCGCACGCUCGAACUCAAUUGACUAGCUCAACUUCAAAGCGAAUUGGCUUCGAUGUCCCCUUGAACUUUUGUAUGACUGUACCAAGGUGCGUGGACCCAUUACUGAAUACACACCCGAGCUAAGCACGAUUAAACAGAGCUUCUUUCAAGGCAAUGACGUCGCGCGCAUAAACAGAUUCCUGGCGUGAUGCGCAAUUAGAAUCAGGUGUGAAUAAGCUGAGACAAUCUGCUUACCUUCCGGUUAUCGUUAACACAGGGUUCUGUUACACCGUAUCGCUUAAGAUACUUAGUCAGGCCCGGGAAGUGAUCGGUUAAAUCUAACGGGGGCGUUGACUUAGAGUAAUCAUUUUAGUUAAUAGAGGUCGGAUUAUCAUGAUUAUUUUCACUUAUACCAUAUUUAUCUUUUAUUGUGAUGAUUUUCGGAAGGACGAGAGGGGAGGUCUUUUUCGCGGUCAUUAAAUCAAGGUUUUGAGACCAUUAAAAAUCGAUUAUGAAUAAAACUAUAAAAUAUCUAAAAUAUUUACAUCUAUAUAAUUUCUUAUUCUGUUUUUUUGUUAACAGUAGCUUCCCUGUGACACCAAAGAGUGAGAAAAGGAAACUUGCUAUUAUUGAACAAAUAAAAUAUAAAAAGAUAAAAA